UCACGUUAUUGGUUACAAGGAGAGUAACGAAGUAAAGCAAUCAUGGCGGACCCGCUCAGUUUACUUCGGCAAUAUAAUGUAAAUAAAAAAGAAAUAGUGGAACGCGAUAAUCAAAUAAUUUUUGGAGAGUUUUCUUGGCCGAAGAAUGUUAAAACGAACUACCUUAUGUGGGGACCUGGCAAGGAGGGCAGUAUAAAAGAAUAUUACACAUUGGAAUGUCUUCUGUUUAUUCUCAAAAAUAUACACUUAACUCAUCCAGUAUAUGUCAGACAAGCAGCGGCUGCUAAUAUACCUGCAGUGCGCCGUCCAGAUCGUAAAGAAAUAUUGGCAUACUUGAAUGGUGAAACUGCGACUUGUGCUUCCAUUGAUAAAAGUGCCCCUCUGGAAAUUCCAACACAGGUUAAGCGUACCCAUGACAAUGAGGUCGGUGAAUCAGUGGCAAAAAAGCCUCGUAUUGAAGAAACCCACGUACAGAAGGUCCGUGAGCAGCUUGCUGCCCGACUUGAAGUUACUAAAGAAGCCUCUGUCACUGUUGACAAUAUUAAAUCAUUGUCAGAUGCUAUGUCAGUAGAGAAGAUUGCAGCAAUUAAAGCAAAACGUUUAGCCAAAAAGAGGACUACAAUCAAAAGUAAUGACUACUCUGACACCCUAGGUGUUGUUGGUUCAGAUUUAAGAGCUAUCUUAGAUUAUGAUGUGAAUCACAUUAUAAGUCGGGAGAGGCAGUGGAGGACAAGGACUACAGUAUUACAAAGUCAUGGAAAAAUAUUUGCCAGGGGUAUUAUGGCACUGCUGCAAAGCAUCCGAGCGCGUGAAGAAGGCAGGCCGGGGGUGCCGCGGCCGCAGCCGGUAGUACUGCCACAGCCUACUGCAUUACCGGCCCAGCAGGCGCAGUACAACAGAUACGAUCAGGAAAGAUUUAUAACGAGGAAAGAAGAAACGGAGGGUUUCAAAAUCGACACCAUGGGGACCUAUCACGGCAUGACGUUGAAGUCAGUCACGGAAGGCCCGAGCGCUCCCCUCGCAGCGCGCACCCCACAGAAUCCUAGUCAGCGGCCAAUGCCACAAAUGCCAAUAUCGGCGGGAACGCCGGGCCGGCGCGAGCUGCUGCCGGUGGCCGCGGCGCGCCCGCCCUCUGGCGGCGGCAAGCGGCCCUCGCGCACGCCCAUCAUCAUCAUACCGGCCGCUGCCACCUCACUCAUAACCAUGUACAAUGUCAAGGACAUGCUGCAAGAUCACAAAUUCGUCCCAGUAGAGCAAAAGAAAGCCGAAGGCGCAGUUCGCGAAAACGAAGUGCUCCUUCAAAGAAGAAAGGGUGGGGAAAAUAUGCCCGCAAACAACUUCGCUAUAACGGUGCCGUACCGCGUGGUUGACAACCCGAGCCGCCUGUCGGCCGCCGAAUGGGACCGAGUUGUGGCGGUGUUCGUGCAGGGGCCCGCCUGGCAGUUCAAGGGGUGGCCGUGGGACGGGAAUCCUGUGCAAAUCUUUGCCAACAUUUGCGCGUUCCACCUGAAGUUCGACGAGAUGAAGCUGGACGCGAACGUGUCGCGGUGGGCGGUCACCGUGCUCAACCUGAGCCGCACCAAGCGGCAUCUCGACCGCGCCGUGCUGCUCGGCUUCUGGGAGACACUGGACAAGCACAUGAUGAAGAAUAAACCUCAUCUUAGAUUCUAGUUUACUUAUAUUAAGCUUUAUAGAGCUCUAAAAUUAUUGAUGAUACCGUGUGUAUAAUAUAAUUAUUAUGUAUUGCCUUCGGCGCGACACGUUUUUUAUAGUUUUUAAGACGAAUGUAUAUGC